AUGCGGUUUGUGCAGAAGCGAUUAGGGCUGAACCGACAUUCAACAUAUAUGGCAAGGAGGUUAUUAUUUUCAGCAAUUGCGACGCUGGAGGGGAUGGUCUUCAACUGGGCAGCGUAUGUUGCGACCAGAAUCCAUGCAGAAUUGGAUGUGAAAAGAAGAACAGGGAAGGUUACCACGAUGUUAUGCUCCAACUACGUGUGUAAAGCAAUUAGAUAUCAACUGAAGCAACCUUCAAUGGUGGAGAGACUAGACGCUGUAGCAACAGAGACAAGAGUAGAGUCAACGCCAUUGCUAUCAAAACAAGUCAAGGAAGCGGCGAUAGCAGAGUGCAGCCAAGCUAGAAAUUACGAACAGACCAAUGUCAGCUCGUCAUCUAGAGAAUUGGGUCGUCCUAGUACCAAUAUGGCCGUCACUCCACCAGUACUGGUAGAGUAUUAUCAACGGGUGGAUUUAUCGGGAGCUGGCCAGCAGGCAAGAGAACUCAAAGAGUUAAUCUCGGCACAAAUUACUCAAUUACAGAUGGCCGUUGAAAAAAUGGGCAAUGAAUUCAGCCUUAGACAGGUACUGGAGGAGAAGGACAAGAUCAUUGAGGAUCAGAAGAAGAAGAUUGGAGAUUUACAAUGUGCUUCAGUAAUGGACGCUCUCAAAUAUUCAAGAUUAGAGCACCAAUUCAAGGAGACCCAAGCGGAAUGGGCCAAGGAGAACAAGUUGGCAAAGAGUCUGAUGGAGCUUACCAAGCAGGAGUGUAUGGAGUUGCGGAACCAAUACCAAGAGGACAAGAAUAAGGUGGCGGAAUUGGAAGCCAAGAGAUCCAAAUUGGAGGACGAUUUUUGGAGACAAUCGGAAAGCUCAAAGAUGGAGAACGAGCAAUUGAAGAAAAGGAUUGCCGAAUUGGAGGCAGAAAUGAUUACAGUUACCACGCAGCAAGGAGAGGUCAAUCCAGCAAGUACAUCUUUAUGGGAAUUAGAGAAACAGGUGCAUGCCCUGGAGGAGCAGCUGAAAGAGCGAGACACCCAAAUUGCGCUUUUGGAGUCUGAGGUUCGGGAAUUGGGAGCACUUAACGAGGACUUGACAGCUUUAUUGAAUGCAGAGCAGGUGAGAGAGGGAGUUGGAAAAGAAGCUCAAGAAGUCGAAACCAAUCUCACUUAUGGAAAUGAUGAAAUGGACCAAGGCGGACCAGAGGUUCAGACAUUGGAGGAAGCCAAUGAUGUGGUGAUAUUGUAA